UGCUACUAUUGGACGACAUGUGUCACGUGACACUGUCAGCCCGCGCAAUUUCCAAUGGAUUUACCGCGCACCUCGUGACACCCAUGGCCGAUGCGCGGCAAUUAUAAUAGACCGACGAGAUUCGAAGAAAUGUCAUUCCCGACCGUAACUUUAGAAAUAAUUACGAAUCCAAGCCUGCCGAUAACCAUCGACUAUAAAAAAUUACUCAUCCCUCACUUGUCGGUGUAACAGUCAAUUGUCUUCACCAUCCCCUUGGCAAAGUUGACACAUGUAAACAUUUUGAAAUAUCCGAAGCAAUAGUUAUUGAAAACAAUUUCAAGGACAACUAAAAGUCGCCAGGAUGCAAAGCGAAUCGUCAUGGGCAGCUAACAACCGGCGAAAGUAUGACGCGUACUCCCUCAGAGGUCGCAAAGGUCUUCACUAUCCCCCGCAACCGGCAUUUGUAAGAGCCCCACGACGGGGACCCGUUCCAGGACCGAUCAGAAACCCUAUUAAUUCAUACCGAACUGCCCCCGCCACCUCUUCCCGGGCUAACAUUCUCAAGAAAACCAUAAGCUGUCCUAACAACGCCAAAAAAAAAUGCAAUAUCACGCCUCAAAUCCCAAAGCUCAUCGCGUCUAAGAAGAGCUUAUCGAUGGUCGACCUAUCACCUGUAGCCGCGAAAUCGGAUGUUGCGAACCUCAGCAGGUCCGAAAGUGCCGCAUCCCUGCAAGGACGGUCGCGGAAGGCGAAUGGGAAUUUGGAAACAGCAGCAGUUCCGAGUAGCGAUGUGGCCUUGUGGACCAGAGGUUUGUUUCCGGAGAGUGAGGCAUCAAUGGUACCAGGCGUCAAGUCGAGAGCAGCAAGUCUUGUUUGUCGAGCCUUGGUAGUGAACGCUUGGCGACGAAGGCGUGAAGAGAAUUUCCAGCUAAAUGAGACUAUUCGACAGUUCACUCAACAAGUGCAACACCUUCAUAUUCAGAUUGUCGUAUUAAGACGACUUCUGGACACAGAGAAUGGUCGUGUCGGCAGACUUAUGGCUGAAAUGCAGCAGACAAAACUUCGGUUGGAGGACGUUGCUCGCGAAAGGGACCAUCUGAAAUCGGAGAAGGAAAAAGCUUUGCAAGAUGUGAGCCAACUCCGGGAUGCAGUAGAAAAAAAAACUGUAUCGGCCGAAAACUUGCGGAAUGAAUUAUUAUCCGUACAAACCCAUUUGGCAGCUCUUGACGGACAGGUAUCGAAAGAUAGAGAAAAGCUGCUUAAACUGAGGGAGGACAAGAAGAUGUUGCUGGAAAAGGUGAUGAUUAGUGAAACUCUGGCGUCCGAGCGCCUAGCGAUGAAGGAAACUGCAGAAUCUGAGAUUGAAGAUCUGCGGGGUCGGUUGAGUUCCCAAAUUGCAUUACUCUGCACUACCAAUGAGCAACAGUCGAAAAUUGUGGAUAUCAAUUAAUUUUUACCGUUCAGUUCGGAGUUGAACGAUUUGCGGGAGCGGUUAAAUCGCCAAUCGCAGGAGGGUGGCUGGAGUACCCGAGUCCUACAGAUUGCCGGAAGCGUCGUUCGCGCACCGCGAGCUAUUC